CCGAUAUUACUUGAUAACCGCAGGAAUCGAGCGACUGGUACUGGAGAGAGUUCCGAGCCCCAUCAUUAAAUAUCCCGAGCCAAAAAUCAAGUGAUUGCCAUUCCUUAAAUUCCAUAUAGACCCCCGCCCUGCACAACUAUAGAGCGCUUAAAUUCUUUCGUAUAGUAAUCUUCAAAACCCUCUUCUUGUCAUACCGCUGCAGAUUUUGCCGAUGACGAGUUUCAACCCAACCCGGGAAAACGGUGACAAAAAUGGAGGGAUCGAGGCGGAGAUCAAGCCCGAUGGUGGGCCCGCCUCUAUUAGCGUUAAGGUCUCUCAUGGGCUUAAUCAAUAUGAUGUCGCCGUGCCAUCCAAUUCCACCUUUGGGGAUUUGAAAUCAGUUAUUGUUCAGAAAAUUGGAUUGAAACCUGAGAUGCAUAAACUCUUGUUUAGAGGUAAAGAGAAAGAAGAUGAUGAAGAUCUCCAAAGAGCUGGUGUAAAGGACAAUUCCAAGGUGUUACUUAUGGAAAAUACGACAUGCAGGGAGAAUAAUGCUGAAGAAGUUAAGCAAACCAGUGUAAUCUCACGAGGAGGUGCAGCUGUUGCUGAAAUAAGGGAGGAGGUUGAUAAGCUCUCGCAACAGGUAUUGGCACUGCAAGCUGUUGUAGAUAGUGGAACAAAGGUUGAUGAUAAAGAUAUUAUUUAUUUGACUGAGAUGCUUAUGAGGCAGUUGCUCAAAUUGGAUGGCAUUGAAGCUGAAGGAGAAGGGAAGGUGCAGAGAAAGAUGGAGGUGCGUCGGGUCCAGAGCUUUGUGGAGACGAUGGACAUCCUCAAGUCAAGAAACUCGAAGCCCUUGAGCAGUGUAACUACUCAGUGGGAAACAUUUGAGCCUGGUUUUGGAAGCAUGAGCACCAUGCCGAUGCCAUCUUCUAGCCCUACCCUUACUAACCCUACCCCCAUGACGUCUUCUACUCCAACCCCUACCCCCAUCCCCACAUGUACUUCUACCCCCACCACCAUGACGUCUUCUACUCCCUUGCCUACUCGCAACCCCACAGCCGUGAUGUCUUCUACACCUAGUCCUAUCCCUUACCCAGUGCCAUAUUCUGCCCCAUCCCAAUUGCCAUCUUCUGCUCCAUCCCCUGCACCGUUGUCUACCCCUUCGUCUAUGCCAUCUUCUGCUCCUUCCCCUGCACCAUUGUCUGCCCCUUUGCCUAUGCCAUCUUCUACGAAGGUGACUCAGGAUUGGGAACACUUCGACUAGUCAGUAUACGGAUUAUUUGAAUCAUGAAAUUUGAUGUAUAAAGUGCAUUGGGCAUUUCGAUUGCUGUAAUGCUUUUGGAUGCAUCUUGCUGAAAAAUUCUAAUUAUCUGGUAAUCAUGGAUCCAUUCCUUAUCUCUAUCAAUUUUAUAAUGCAGACUACACUAGAAUUGUUCUAUUUUGUUUGGCAAACCAUGUAAUGGCCAGGGAACUGUCAAUUGCUUGCUUGUGUUGGGAGUGAAGCUUGGCAUGAAAAUGCAAGGACUAUUAUUUGGGGAUGAAAUUCCCACAGUAGCAAAUAAAACUGUAAUUCUUAACUUCA